AUGCAUACACCAACUAUUUCCAACCAAACUGAUCGCACUGGAACCGCCCCAGCCCUCCGCUACGACAGCGCUGGCCUUUUUGCUGGUAUCCCAUCAUGUAAUGAUAUUGUGGCAGAAUUCGAUAAUGGGAUGACCACUAUACUUCAACAAAGCCUAUCUGGCAAGCAACCCAUACAUUUCAUGCCUACUGAAGUUAGUGAUGAUACUUCCGAAUAUGUAAAUGGUAUCUCUUCCUAUAUUUUGCGUAUUACUGGUACUUUGAUUAAUGGACAAAAAGCAGUCGUAAAAAUUACAGGCAUUAAGCUCUUCUUUGAUGUCGAAGUACCUGAAGAGAUGCCACUAUCUACAUUUAAGACCAGAUUAGUAAAUAUAUUAUCCAAUACUCUCAAAGGUACAUCAAAAUUUGGGAUCGAGAAUAUUAGUGCUUUCCCACUUCAAGGAUAUUAUACAGAGAAAAAAUCAUAUAUACGUGUUAUUACUUGGAAUCAAUUUGACCGGUAUAAUGCGUUAAAGGCAGUUCGUGAAGUCGGUAUCCGUACAGCUUCUGAUGAUCUAACCCCAAUAUAUUAUUACCGCAAAGUAGCCCGUGAAAAAAGAUUACCUCUUUCAAGUUGGGCAACGUUAAGUAAUUAUUUCCACGAAUAUAUUCAAGGGGGUACUUAUCUCUUCCAAGUUUCUGUGAAUAAUUACAAUCCAACAAGUGAGGACGAUUAUAAUAAUCCAUUAUUCUCCUUAGCUCUUUCACGGGAUCGAACUCUUGUUCUCACAUGGGACAUAGAGACAUAUAGUUCGCUCGGACUAGGUAAAUUCCCUACUGCUCAGAGCGAUGAAUCUAACGUAUUUAUGAUCGGCAUGUCAGUUCAUUGGAAAGAUGACCCUAAUCCAUUAAAACGGAUCUGUCUUGUUGAUGUUGAAACCACCCCAGACCCUCGCUGGACCACAAUUAUAUGUGGGAAUCAAGUAAAUCUGUUAAAAGCCUUCGCCUUGUGUUGUAAACUACUAGCCCCGGAUAUACAAAUAGGUUUUAACGAUUCACAAUAUGACUGGAGAUUUAUUGUAGAGAAAGCGAAAAAGCUAGGGAUUUUCGAAUGGAUGUUUAAUCAAAUGUCAUUAAAGCCUUCAAGCCUCGAAAAAAUUACAAAAUGGCAAUAUCAGUAUAAUAAGAUAAAAGUUAAUGAUAGGGAUUUCCAUUCGAAGCAUCUUAAAAUCCCCGGGUGCGUAGCUAUUGAUGUCCGACCAUGUUUUAUGAAAUUCUAUCCUAAGGCCGAAAAGAGCAGUUUAGCAUAUUACCUAAAGGAGUGUGAACUCGAUAACAAGCUGGAUAUGCCUUUCCAUCGUAUGUUUAAGUAUUAUGAAAGGGCAUUAAAAGAAACCAAUGCUACAACGGCCGAGCAGAUGCGCGAAGUAGCCGAAUAUUGUAUUAUCGAUGCUAUUAGCUGUCAGCGGUUAAUGGUAAAGCAUAAUGCAAUUAACGAGUACAGGGAGGUGGCAUCCGUAGCCUUCAUAUCAUUAUAUGAUUCACAUUAUUUUGCAGUAGGAAUGAAAGUGCGUAAUCUUUUAAGUGCCGGUGCGUGGCAGGAAGGGAUUUUAACUAGCACAAUUCCAUGUGAACAAACGGAAACAGGGAAGUACCCUGGAGCCUAUGUUUUCCCACCGGUAAAGGGUCUCGAAAAUAGACGACCUGUAACCGGCUUAGACUUUAAAUCAUUGUAUCCAAGCCUUAUCAUGACAUACAAUCUCUCACCUGAUAAAAUCAUUUUAUCUCGAGAGCGUGCCGAAUCUAUAAAGGAGAGAGGUAAAAAGCUUCAUGAAAUUAAUUUCCAAUUCAAUGGUCACGAUGUUCUCACAUGGUCUAUAGAGCAUGAAAACCAAGCCGAAAUGAAAGGCCUUUAUCCAAAAGUAUUAGAGGAGUUGCUUAUUAGACGAAAUUCACUAAAAAGACGUCUUGCUCCAUUAAAGGAUAAAAAAGAAGAAUUAGAAAAGGAGAUUAGUUUGGCGGAAGCAAGGGGCGAGGACGUUACAGAUGCUCUAAAAUCUGAAUACUCUUCAGUUUCCUUUAUUGUCGCCUGUCUAGACGCAAAACAACUCACUUUAAAAGUGUAUAUGAAUACGUUUUACGGUAAAGCCGGGAAUAGUGGAUCUCCUUUCUUCUUGCGAGCAUUAGCAGGCGGGGUAACAUCAGCUGGCCAGCGGAAUAUCAAGCUUAUUGCCGACCUUGUCAGAAGUAAAGGGUUCGGUGUAAAAUAUGGGGACACUGAUUCAUUAUACCUUGUUUGUCCAGAAGAAUAUUUCCGGGAGUGUGAUGAGAAAUACAUUUCAGAAAAGAUAUCGAAGGAAAAGUACUGGGAGGGGAUGGUGAGAAUAUCUAUGGAGGCAAUGAGCAAACUCCGAGGCGAAGUUAAUGACUUUCUCAGGGAAGAUAACGGAUCCCCUUAUCUCAAAAUGGCAUAUGAGGAAGUCUUAUUUCCGGUAGUAUUUACUGGAAAGAAAAAAUACUACGGCAUCCCACAUACAAGUAAGCCCAACUUUAAUAAUAAGCUUUUCAUUCGAGGGGUUGAGAUUGUAAAGCGGGGACAGUCUAAACACUUUCGUGAGCAAAUAGAUCUUAAUGGAGUGAUUAAAACUGCUGUGUGGAAGCCCAAUAAAAAUAACAAGAGUGUCCAGCGUUUCAUUUCACGAAUGCGAGAUAGACACACCCGUGAAGAAGCGGAUGCCAAACGGCUUAUAAAAAAGGGCCUAACACCCGAGCCUUAUCUUUAUGAAAUCCCAGAACCAGGCGAACGCUUUGAGUAUAUUGUAGUUGAGAAUGAUUCGUCGCAGAGGGUAGGAGAUAAAAUGGAGUAUCCAGAGGUAGUGAGGCGAUUAGGAAAAAAGAUCGAUAUCAGUUAUUAUCUGAAAACCGUUGUUAGCCUCUGUGCGCGAUUUAUAAACUAUGAUGAUAGACACCAGCCAUCAUCUGAAAUUGUGCUGGGGGCCUUAAAAAAGUUAAAAGAUGGUAAUAAAGCAGUGGAUGGAGACGAUCUGGACGAAGACGAAGAUGAUGAAGACGAAAUGGACGAAGAUGAGGUAUCAAAAAUAAGAGAUGCCUUAGCGCAGAAAUCGGCUGAAAAGUGGAUUAGGGGGUAUAUCAAAAGCCAACAUGAUGGUCCGAAAAAAGAUAAAACCAUCAUAUCUCAUUUAUGGGAAGGGGCACGCAUUUACGCGAAAAAAAUAUUUGAUACUACUUAUGCCGACAAGGGAGAACACCUGACUAAGAAUGCUUAUUACCAAUCAUUCCUCAAUGCUCUAGUUAAGCAAGAAGAAUCCAUCCGCUUAAAACUUUCAUCAUUGCUUAAAGAAAUUUCCGAGGUUGAUAUAGAGUAUAGAGAAAGUAUAUAUAAAUUAGUUACUAAGAAGCGGGCAAUUGGUUGGCCUAGAAAUCACACGCUACCGAAUAUUGUCGAAAUUACAGGAUAG